AUGGGUUUCCGUUUCAGUUUCGAGAAACAACAGAUAUUUCAGGAAAGAGGCCUUUAUCUCGGCGACCUAAUGAUGGGCGUGGAUUCUUCAAGAGAAUCAAUGGUGCAGAUGUACAGCCCAUCCACUUCAGGCUGCAAAUACUUUAAUGGAUAUCUCCUGAAAGGCAGCUUCGGCAAUAAGGUGCGAACGUCCUUGGUUCAAAAAAUUAACAAUGUUCCUGAGGGAGGUGUGUACGACCACGAUGAAAUCAAGGAAUUCAAAGAAAUGCGUCAUAUGGGACCUUAUGAGGCCCAUUAUUAUGUGAUGGGCACCUCCCAAUCUCAUAUAUAUCCACCAGUCGAGGGUGCAUUAGAAAGGCACGAAAAUUCGAAGUUAACAGCGUGGUUUCAGCUGAACAGACGGCCAGGCCCUCACCGAGGAAAAGUUUAUAAGGAUGUAGUGGAAAACUACAAGUAUGAGGAUCAAGUUUGGAAACGCAGUAACAGGCACACAAUCGGACGCCUGAGCCCAUUUGUAGGCACAGAUUUCAACUCAGAGUUAUACCAUUUAAGACUUCUGUUGUGUAAUCGCACAGAUGUCACUGGGUUUGACAAUAUAAAAACUGUAGAAGGUCAGGUUCAUCCAACCUUCAAAGCUGCAUGUGUUGCUCUCAACUUGGUAGAAAAUGAGGAGGAAAUGCGUCUGCUUAUGGACGAGUUAGUCUUAGAACAAUUUCCGAGCACCAUAAGGAAAACAUUUGCCACGCUGCUGGUAAAUGUAAAUCCUCUUAACCCCACGAAUUUGUGGGACAACUACAAGCACAAAAUGGCUGAGGAUCAUCUACACGAAAUCUAUGAUGAUGAUGAAUUGUGCUUUCAAUUAGCUUUGCGAGAUAUAGCGGAGAUCCUUGAUGAAUUUGGCAAAACACUUGCAGACUACCAGCUUCCUGAUAUUAAUGAUGAUGUGCUUGCCCGCCAAAACAUCGAACAUGUCGAGGAAGAUAUUAUCCUUAACCCGGAGGCAGCCGACGAAUUAAUAAAUGGGCUCAACGUUGAACAACGUCAUUUCUUUGAAGAUGUCCGAGGAGCUGUUUUUAAUGAAAAUCAAAAGAAGUUCUUUUUAACCGGUGCUCGAGGUACCGGGAAAACACACACCUACAAUGUUCUCAUCGACUUCCUGCGUUCCCGGGGCAAGAAGGCUGUUGUUGCCGCGUAUACAGGGGUCGCUGCAAACUUAUUAAAAGGGGGGCUGGCGAGCCACAAGGCAUUUGGCCUUCCCUUUGAAGACGAGGGAUUAGGCCUCUCUAGAAGCCAUUUAAAACUUCAGAGUUCAGCGGCCAAAAAUCUAUUGGAAGCAAAUGUCAUCAUUUGGGAUGAAAUCUCUAUGGUUCAAGGUUGGCAUCUUCACGUUCUUGAUAGAUUUCUACGUGAUUUGAUGCGCAAGGAAGAACCCUUUGGGUCCAAAAUCAUAAUUUUAGGGGGAGAUUUCAAACAAAUCCUACCUGUCGUUCCCGGGGGUAGUAGGGCAGACAUCGUCGACGCUGCAGUCACUUCAUCAAACCUCUGGCCUCUCUUUGAGAAAUAUGAAUUAACAAGGAAUCAAAGAGCACUUGAGGAUCAGGAAUAUGCGGAGUGGCUUCUCAAAGUGGGUGAGGGAACUGCCAAUGAAGAGGCGUCAACAAAAAUACACUUGGAAAACAACAUGGUUGUCAAUGGCAAACACAAACUAAGGAUGGAUACGAAGUUCCCAAAACGCGAGCAUCACUGCUUUGGCAAAGAUAUUGAUAAAGAGGAUGCGCAUGACGCUGCUAUAUUGUGCCCAACUAAUGACUGUGCAAACUUCGUAAACAAGUUAGUCCUUGACAGACUCAUGCGAGGCAAAGAUGGUGACCGAGUGUACUUAAGUUCCACAACGCUCGAAAAAUCAAGGGAACUUCAAGAUGCACGAGACGAGCAGCGCCUUCAUUACCCUCCGGACUAUUUAGAUCACCUAGAGUCAGCCUCAUUACCCCCUCACAGGUUACAUUUAGUUCCAGGGGCUAAUGUAAUGCUCAUAAGAAAUUUGCGUGGAGGAGGACUCUGCAAUGGAACCCGGCUAAAAGUUUUAAAAUUGUACCCAAACUUGGUAGUUUGCAAGGUUAUGACUGGAUCGAAGAAGGGAGAAACUGUUGCAAUCUUUAGAGUUAACUUCACAUCAAACGAGUUCAGCCUCCCUGGGAAGCUGCGAAGGCGGCAGUUUUCCCUGAAACCAUGCUAUGCUAUGACUGUCAGCAAAGCGCAAGGCCAAACAUUAAUCAGAGAAGGUCUGUACCUAAGAACGCCAUUGUGGUGUCACGGCCAGCUCUAUGUUGCCUUGAGUAGAGUUAAGUGCAGACAGGCAAUGAAAAUUUUGGUUGAAGAAGGGCCAAAUCAAGGUCGUGUAAAUGCAAACCAUGGAGCUGCUUUGGGCGGGCAACAACAUCUAUACCCGGAAUCACAUUUAUGCAGAAGUUUUGCAAGCUGCAAACCAAAACGCAUAUGUGCAAGUAGAACAGCAAGACAUUAA